GCCUCCCAACAUGGCGGUUCAGUCACUGUAAGGCGCAUUUUCUAAGAUGAAUUUGUGUCAAUGAAGCAGCAUUAUCUGAUACGUUUUUGUUAUCAUAUACAGUUGGAAAGCGUUUGUGAGUUGUGUUUUUGCUCUCCAGGUGUUGAGACUUACUUGAAUUGAAUUUCACCAUGUCAGCUGUCAGUGGUGACCCAGGAGGGUCACGGACCAGUGUUGCCUCCCAGUUCUUCAGUGGAGUCGACGAUGCAGCAAUUGACAUGACUACCAGUGAGAAGGUUGUGGAUUUACUAAACCAGGCAGCUUUGACUAGUGGAGAAAGUAAACUCACUAUGCUAAAACAGGUACAAGAGCUGAUUAUUAACAAGGAUCCAUCUCUUCUUGAUAAUUUCUUAGAUGAAAUCAUUGCAUUCCAAACAGAUAAAUCUAUGGAAGUUCGAAAACUUGUUAUUGGUUUCAUUGAGGAAGCUUGUAAAAGAGACAAUGAGCUGCUGUUGAAACUUAUUGCUAACCUGAACAUGCUUCUUAAGGAUGAGAGUGUCAAUGUAGUGAAAAAAGUAAUCCUGACGAUGACUCAGCUAUACAAAGUUGCAUUGCAGUGGGUGGUUAGAUUGAAAGUGAUCAAUGAGCUUCAGGAGGCAUGUUGGGAAAUGGUGACCAGUAUGAAAGAUGAGAUCAUUAUGAUGCUGGACUCUGACAAUGAUGGAAUCAGAACCCAUGCCAUCAAAUUUGUGGAAAGUCUCAUCAUCACACUCUCACCUAGAACACCCGACUCUGAAGUUCCAAAGAGGCAAGAGAAUGACAUCAGCUUGGAGAGAAUCCCCAAAGACCAUCCUAAUGUCCACUAUAACUCUUUGGCUGAGGAAGGGAAGAAGGCCUUGGAACAGCUUCUGAAAUUUAUGGUCCAUCCUGCAAUAUCCAGCAUUAACUUGACAGCAGCACUAGGAUCUCUGGCAAUUAUUGCCAGGCAGCGACCCAUGUUCAUGUCAGAGGUCAUCCAAGCAUAUGAGACACUGCAUGCAAAUCUGCCCCCAACAUUGGCCAAAUCCCAAGUGAGCAGUGUUAGGAAAAACCUGAAGCUGCAUUUAUUGAGUGUCCUAAAGCAUCCUUCCUCCUUGGAGUUCCAUGGCCAGAUUACAACACUACUGCUGGAUUUAGGCACUCAGCAACAGGAGAUUGCUCGUAACAUGCCAAACAUCAAAGAUGUGCGCAAGAGGCAACGUGAAGAGGCAGAACCUGGCUUGAAAAAGAUAAAAAUUGAACCUGCUCUGGCUGAAGAUGAAGAUGACAAAGAUAUAGAACAAGCUUCUGUACCCUCUCCAAAGCUAUCUUCAACGCAAGGGACACAAUCUGCUAUUGAUAUUACAGCAGAGUUUUUACUGCCUUUGCUGAAUGCAGAAAAUGUUGCUAAUCUAGUGCUGAUUAGCAUGGUCUAUCUCCCGGAUAUAAUGCCUGCUUCUUUCCAAGCCACAUAUACUCCAGUGGAAUCUGCUGGCACAGAAGCCCAAAUCAAGCAUCUUGCUCGACUCAUGGCCACACAGAUGACAUCUGCCAACAUUGGCCCAGGUGUGGAGCAGCUCAAGCUGAACAAAGAUUUGCCCAAAGAAGAGCCCGAUGCAAAACCAGAGAGUGUGCUUAUCAAACGACGACUUUCCGCUUUACCGAUUGGUCAAGCAAUCUCUGUAGUGGGUACAACAUACUCUGGACAAGGAAGAGGAGAGGAAGACAAGCAACCAUUGGCCAAACGGCGACCAGAACCAAUCAUGCCUUCUGCACAGAUCAAGUCUACAGGGGUCAGUGGGAGGAAAAAAGUAUUUCGUCUGGCUGAUGUCAUCCAGCCCCUAUCAGAGGCCCAAAAUGACAAAUUGAAAGACAUGUCUAUUAAGAGAAUACUUCAUGCAGAAAAAUCUAUAGCUCGGUGUGGGAUGUCGCAUGUGCGUGUGAAGAUCCUUUCUCGUUUGGUAACACAGUUUGAUGGGAACAUGAAAGGAGAUGUGGUUGAGUUUAUUCUUGAAGAUAUCAGAAACCGCAGCGACUUGGCCUUUGCACUUCUCUAUCAAGAAUACAAUAUGUACUUAAGUGAAUAUCCCUCAGGUUCCUUAGACAGCUAUGAUGAAUGUCUAAUUGGGUUGCUGUCUGGACUACAGGAAAAACCAGAUCAGAGAGAUGGGCUGUUUACCAAACUUGUCUUAGAAGCUCCGCUUAUAACAGAGACAGCUUUGGAAGUUAUCCGCAAGUACUGCGAGGAUGAGACACGUGUUUAUUUAGGCAUGACUACAUUGCGAGAUCUGAUUUUCAAACGGCCUUCGAGACAAUUUCAAUAUCUGCAUGUGCUCCUGGAUCUCAGCUCACAUGAAAAAGACAAGGUGCGUACCCAGGCUCUGACGUUCAUCAAGAGGAUGUAUGAGAAAGACCAACUACGAGAUUAUAUUGAAAAGUUUGCUCUGAACUAUAUGCAACUUCUUGUUCACCCUAAUCCCCCAUCUUUGCUCUUUGGGGCUGACAAGGACACAGAGGUGGCUGCUCCGUGGACUGAGGAUACAGUAAAGCAGUGCUUGUAUCUCUACUUAUCUCUCCUUCCUUUAAAUCAUCGCCUAAUUCAUGAGUUGGCAUCCGUCUACACAGAAGCUAUUGCUGACAUUAAACGCACUGUCCUCCGAGUUAUUGAGCAACCAAUCAGAGGCAUGGGAAUGAACUCUCCAGAGCUUCUCCUCUUGGUGGAGAACUGCCCUAAGGGAGCAGAGACACUUGUCACUCGCUGCCUGCACAUCCUCACAGAUAAAGUACCUCCUUCUCCAGAGUUGGUUAAGCGUGUCCGAGACCUGUAUCACAAGAGAGUACCAGAUGUUCGAUUCCUUAUACCAGUGCUUAAUGGGUUGGAGAAGAAAGAAGUGAUCCAAGCUCUGCCUAAACUGAUCAAGUUAAAUCCGAUUGUUGUAAAAGAAGUUUUUAACCGGCUACUUGGGACACAGCACAGUGAAGGGAGCUCAACGGUGUCACCAUUGACCCCUGGAGAACUGCUUAUAUCUCUGCACAACAUUGACUCCACAAAAUGUGAUAUGAAGUCCAUCAUAAAAGCUACAAAUCUUUGUUUUGGUGAAAAGAAUGUGUACACAUCAGAAGUAUUAGCUGUUGUUAUGCAGCACCUAAUGGAGCAAAGUCCACUACCAAUGCUUUUGAUGAGAACUGUAAUCCAGUCCAUGACUAUGUACCCAAGGCUGAGUGGCUUUGUCAUGAAUAUCCUAUCCCGUCUCAUCAUCAAGCAGGUAUGGAAGUAUCCAAAGGUCUGGGAGGGUUUCAUCAAGUGCUGCCAAAGAACUAAGCCUCAGUCAUUUACAGUUCUGCUUCAGCUGCCUCCUCCUCAGCUCAGCAGUGUCUUUGACAAGUGUCCUGAGCUCCGUGAACCUCUGCUUGCCCACGUCCGGUCUUUCACACCAAACCAGCAAGCACAUAUUCCAAAUUCAAUCAUGAAUGUUUUAGAGGCCAAUACAAAGCAAGAAGUGGAAACUGUAGAGAUGAAAGAGCAAGAGGAGGAGCCACGUGUUAGCAGUACACGUGCAGCUGUUCCUGAUAUCAUAGCAGCUCGGCUUGCACAGGAGAAGGAGCUGAAACGACAGAUGGAGGAAGAAGGGCGGACAAAGAAACAACCUAUUAGCCUGGCUGCUGCCCUAUUAGAUGAAGUCCUAGAAAUGCAGGAUGAGAUGCUAGACAAAGAUGAAGAUGCUCUUAUUUUGGACCCCAGUCAGGAAGUGAAUACACCCAACUUAAAGGACAACCCUGUAGAAUCUGAAAACAAUGAAAUUCAUGCAGAUAGUGAUGAACCUUUGUUUCUUGAUAAAGAAGAGCCAAUGGAGGAACAGGUUGAAGAUCCACCUACUGUACCUGUUGAAACACAGGAGGUCGCAGAAGAAAGCACAACAGAGGACAAGAAGGAGGAAGAACUUUAGCUUCUCUUUGAGAUUCCAACUCAAGAAUACUUUAACACCCUGAUUUUCCUUUCAGACUUACAACUGGAGACGUAAUGUAUUUGGUUGUAUGGACUUCUGGUGAAUUUUCAUCAUUUCCAAUGGAAAUGCAUAGAAUGACUGUUUCAAAUAAUAAAACCCCAACACACAGAAAAAAAAGAGUGGCUGGACUUUGGUUAAUGGUGAGGUCAAAUAUUGUUUGUACAAGGAUGCUAAUGGAAAAAUAUCAUUUGUUUAAAGCCAUUCAUUCUGAAAAUGGCAGUGCCAUAUUUAAGACAGGAACCCAGAAAGUGGAAGACAGAUCCUGCUAACAAUCCACACAACACGGCUUCAUCUGCAAAAUUUUGAGGCAGAAAUCUCCAUGAAUGCAGUGGAGGACAUACAGACAUGACACAGAGGCCACUAGGCCUGAAUUCAAAUCUGGAGCCAAAGCCAUGUGUGGUGUUAUUUGCCUACUGUACUACUCUGCUGCUAUGUACAGUAACAGAAUGAGAAUGUUGUUUAAUGUGUUCAAAUGGGAAAUUCCGGUCAACUCGCCGCCUUUCCUUUGUACAGGUGCAUCUCAAUAAAUUAGAAUAUCAUCGAAAAGUUAA